AGUUUAAUGAUUUUGUAUUUUUAGUCGUGUCACUAGUCUGAAUGCUAAUUACGGAUUUGUGCGUGCUUUAAGUCGUAAACAACGAAUUCACACAAAGGAACACGUAAAGUAGCAAUUCCGCAGGAAAGGCAAGGGUACUUGAGUCAUUCCCCUAUCACCACCACCACCGCCGCACGCACCAGUUUCUUCAGCCUGAAAUGAAGAAAUCGGGACAAGAGAAGAAGAUAAAGUUAAAACUUAAUUUUGCUUUUUGAGUCACUUUUGGGAAGAUCUAGUUGUUGGAUUCGUUGAACGCAAGUGGAUUUGGUACGAUUCAUCUGGUUUCUUGAGUUAUUGAUAGAAUCCGCGAGCUCGAUUUUGGUAGGAUUUAGGGUUCGUGUUUUCUGGUUAAGAGAGAGAGAGAGAGAGAGAGAGAAUCAAUGGCGGAGGUUGUUUUGCACAUAUACGAUGUGACCAACAGUGGAUCGGAGAAGACUAACAACACCAUUGUUCAGAUCAAUCGGUUCUUCAAAGACGGGAUCGGUCUUGGCGGCAUAUUCCACAGCGCUAUUCAGGUAUACGGAGAUGAUGAGUGGUCUUACGGUUAUUGUGAGCAAGGAACUGGUGUAUUCAGCUGUCCCAGUGGCAAGAACCCUAUGUACACAUAUCGUGAGAAAAUUGUUCUUGGGAAGACAGAUUGCACUAUCUUCAUGGUAAAUCAGAUGUUGCGUGAGCUCAGCAGGGAAUGGCCAGGACACACUUAUGAUUUGUUGUCCAAAAAUUGCAAUCACUUCUGCGAUAUACUCUGUGACCGGCUUGGUGUGCCAAAGAUCCCAGGUUGGGUGAAUCGUUUUGCCAAUGCUGGUGACACAGCCUUGGAAGUGGCAGGAAACACGGCAAUGCGGAUGAAGCAAGCCAAAACAGAACUUGUGUCAGCUAGUAAAGUGGCUUAUCGCUUCCUCUCAAAUGUUACCUCGAAUGUGACCAAUGGGUCCAAUGGCUCUCCACAACGUACAGGAACUCUCAACAAUUCAGAUAAUGGGAACUUCAAAUUGCAAGGUAGUUGGUUCAAAGGCAUACUUAACACUGCCAAACCCUCCACAAGUACAGAGAUAGGGAACAAAGAUGAGGAUGCAAAUCAUGCAAUCACCAAUCAGAAAAAACAAAGCCGCGACUCUGAUGUUCUACUGUUUCAGUAGCUUCCGUACCUAUCCACCACAAUGCAUAUGGUUAACUGUAUAUCCACCAGUCCAAAAGUUACAUGCACUAUUGUCCUGAUCUGUAUCUUUUACUUUGUAUCAACGUUGGAUCCCAACAUUUUUCCAGAUUUCUAGCUCAGCGUGUGCUUUUGUUAAGAUC